CGCGCGGCGGUGUCUCCUUCUCCCUCAGUCACGGCUCCCGCUCGGCCCCCCCGCACCGCCAUGACCGCCCCGGGCAGCGGCGGCGAGUUCGGGAACCCCCUGAGGAAAUUCAAGCUCGUCUUCUUGGGCGAGCAGAGCGUUGGGAAGACCUCUCUGAUCACCAGGUUUAUGUAUGACAGUUUUGACAAUACUUACCAGGCCACCAUUGGGAUUGAUUUCCUGUCAAAAACCAUGUAUCUGGAGGAUCGCACGAUCAGGCUGCAGCUCUGGGACACAGCAGGCCAGGAGAGGUUCCGCAGCCUCAUUCCCAGCUACAUCCGUGACUCUGCUGUGGCUGUCAUUGUCUUUGACAUCACAAGUUCGGCUGCAGCUCUGGGACACAGCAGGCCAGGAGCGGUUCCGCAGUCUCAUUCCCAGCUACAUCCGCGACUCCACCAUUGCUGUGGUAGUCUAUGACAUUACAAACUUGAAUUCUUUCCAGCAAACCUCCAAGUGGAUCGAUGACGUUCGGACAGAGAGAGGCAGCGACGUCAUCAUCAUGUUGGUGGGGAACAAAACUGACCUGGCAGACAAGAGGCAAAUCACUACGGAGGAAGGUGAACAAAGAGCCAAAGAGCUGAAUGUGAUGUUUAUUGAGACCAGUGCAAAGACUGGAUACAAUGUGAAACAGCUUUUCCGUCGUGUGGCUGCUGCCUUGCCUGGGAUGGACAGCACACCAGAGAAGAGCAAAGAAGACAUGAUUGACAUCAAACUAGAGAAGCCCCCCGAGCAGCCCGUCACGGAGAGUGGGUGCUCCUGCUAACAGCCCCCUCCUGCAGCAGCAGCAGCAGCACAUUCCCCAACUGGCCAGUCUCACUGAAGAACAUCACUGCUCAUUGGCUAGGCAACCCUCCUCUGGGGGCUGGAACACCAAUCUACUAAGCAAGCCAACUCCCUUGUUUACUGGUGGGGAGCAGCCCCGGCCAUCCCUCUUACUGCAUGGUAUGAGCCCUGAGUGCAGAAUGAGUGUCCUGUCUUUUCUAUUUUAUGUUGUUGCACUUUGGCACUCUGGUGCCCUUCACACUCUCUCUUUUCCUCCUCCUCCCCCCUCUUCCCCACCUGGAGGGAAGCUUCCCUGUCUGCUCAGAUGUAACUUGUGAAUGCGAUGGAAAAGCCACCAAGUUAGGGAAGGCAAAAACCAAGCUUGGGGGUGGGCUUUCCACCUUCCUUACUGCCUUGCAUCUUGACUAGUUCCCUGUCCACUCCAGCCCUGUCCUUGUCCUGCAUCCCCACUUCCUCUGUGGAAAGGCUGCUCCUUUUAAACCAGUCAGUUUGACUUGGCCUUGCCUUUUUUGGGGGGGUUUUUUUGGAUAAUACAGGUUACCUGUUUCUAAGCUUUUGCUUCCUGCAGGGCAUAGACAAUACUAGCUCCUCAGUUUCUCCUUUCUGUGGAUGAUCUUGGCUAAACCUUGCUCACGACUUCUGAGUAACACCCAGCCCUGGAAACCCUCCAGCUCUGAUAGCUUUGGCCUUGUUGCUCCCCUUUGUGUAGCAGAGCCAUCCCACAGACUGCUCUCCUCACUUGGAGUGGCUUCCCAUCCCGAGGACCUUGGUGAGUGUUUGGCUGUAGGGAAGAGGGUGCAGAGGCCUUGCAGUGUGAGGCUGGGUGGGGACUGAUCCUCAGGAGGUUUUGGAGACCUGGGUCAAAAGCAAACAGUUCCCUGGGAUCCAUCCCUGGAUGCUUUGCAGGCUCCUCAGCUCUCUUCCCCUGUUUCUUGUCACCUACAUCUUUUUCACAGAGAGCUGCAGCAGGUGGCAGAGCAGUGGUAUCUCACACCUAGGUAGCUGCUUUUGCCUCUGUAGGAGUUUUUUGGGGGAUGGAGCUGGUAGCCAUUUCACUUUUGGGGUAGUUUUAAGCUGCAACAUUGCCAAAGCUGAGGUGAGCAGUGGAGUGAUUUGUUGCCAGAGCUGGGCAGAGGGAUGGAGGAAUCAGAUUCUCAAGGGAGUUGCUGAAACUACAAGGUCUCUUCCUGACCUUGGAGGUUGGGCAGUUCCUCCUAUCCCCCUGCCUCUGGGUUCUGAUGACCUGAACACAGCUUUCCAGGGACUGCUGGGGGUUCUUCAGCCCUCUGUCCUUACCAGAAGUCCUUGGGCUUGUUGACAGCAAGGAGAAUCAUACAGUGGGGUGGCUCUGAGCCCUUCACUCUUCUUUCCAUCACCCCAGCCUGUGUCAGACUGACAAGGGGAUGCCAGCAGGCAGGAGAGCCACUGACCACGGUGUGACCGGUGGGGACAUCACCUCCUGGUGGUCAGUGACAUCCCCUGCCAGCGUGGCUGUGGGUCACCCACCCGAGGGAGGGGAAGGGGCAGCCUUGGGCCAGGAGCUGGCAAGUCCCCAUGGCAGCAAGUCACCUCUCUGCUCCUCAGAGCCCUGUCCCUUCCCCUCCGGGUCAGCUGCCCUUAGGAGGAAGCUGGGAUGUCGUUUCCCGUGUCACUCUGGAGUGUCCCCACCCCUUUUCCCCCAGUCCCAGCCGGGUCCCGGUGCCGAUCCCGGUGGGAAGCUGAUCCCUUCCUCUGUAUAUACCCCGUGUGUGGGAAUUGCUGAUGUCUGUCGGUGUGUCCAUGUCUGCUGUAGAACAGGUUUUGCUGUCCCCUCCUCACAGGCAGGUUGUGCUGCUCUGCUGUCGUGUUGUUCUGAGUCACGGACCUGGGGAGGGAGGGAAGGGAGGGAAGGGGAGGGAGGGGGGAAAACCCUAAGUAACGGGGUGGGGGGGGUCGUUAAUUAGUGAAAUAAAAUAGUUCACUUCCCACUGUCUUCUCGAUGGAUGUGUAUAAUAUUGAGUGUGUGUCUGGCCCUGCUGUCUCCUAGCUGUUAGCUGAGUAAGUGUGACUAUUAAUCUGAGUAUGGACUGUCUGCCCACAGCCGUGUAUCACACUAAAUAAAGUUAUUUCACCAACAC